GUCUACAUGCUUCCCAACUCCUCUCGUCGUUCUCUCUCCCUGCCUCUCUCUCCGUUCUUCCACUGAGAACGCCGCUGCAACCGCCGCCGGCUCGUUCCUCUCUCUCUCUUUCUCUCUCUCUCUCUCCCCUCUCACUGGCGUUCUCACACUGCCCGCAGCAGCAGGAGUUAUUUAAGCAAACACCUCUAGCUUCACUUCUGAGUGUUGGCAAUCAUCCCAGGAUCUGGCCUUGAGGAAGACAAUUGGUAGAGGAUGUAUGGUGGAUGGACUUUACAUGCUGGAGAAUAAGAUUGGUCAUUUAUCUUUUGAGUCUUUAAAAGUGGUGUUUCUAGAGUUGUUUAAGUCGGUGUCAGUUUCAAAUUUUACUUGUCAAACUUGUCAAUUGAGAAUUCAGAUGUAUUGAGGGCUAGCAUUGAUAUAAUUGAUGGACAUAAUAGAAUCAAUCCUCAAUAUUCCGGUUCAAGAUCCACCGGAGGAAGACUUCUCUUCUGCUGAUUUGAACUGGACAAAGUUUGGAACUGCUGAGCAUCAUGAUGAUGUGGCCCUUAUUCCUUAUGACCGAGUUGAUGCAUUUAUAAUUGGAGAAUGUUCUAACGUGGAAUGCCCGACUAGGUUUCACAUUGAGAGAGGAAGAAAGAGGUCAAAAGGCAGCCUAAAGACAUACAAGAGUGAUGAGUAUCUGGAGUAUAGACUCUAUUGGUGCUCUUUUGGACCUGAGAAUUAUGGGGAAGGUGGGGGUAUAUUACCAAGCAGGAGAUAUCGACUCAAUACCAGAAAUCGUGCUGCUAGACCACAAUCCAUGAGGGGCUGUACUUGCCACUUUGUAGUCAAGCGCUUGUAUGCUCGUCCAUCUCUUGCACUCAUAAUAUACAAUGAGAGACGCCACAUAAACAAGUCUGGUUUUGUUUGUCAUGGUCCACUAGAUAGAGAUGCUAUUGGUCCUGGUGCUAAGAAAAUCCCAUAUAUCUGUAAUGAGAUCCAACAACAAACAAUGUCAAUGAUUUAUCUUGGCCUUCCUGAGGAGAAUGUAUUGCAGAAGCACAUUGAAGGGGUUCAACGCUACUGUGGCUCAAAUGCAAAAGUUACUACCCUUGCAUCCCAGUAUGUUCGCAAACUUGGGAUGAUUAUAAAAAGGUCAACAUAUGAAUUGGAUCUGGAUGAUCAAGCUAGUAUUCGCUUAUGGGUUGAACGCAAUAAGAAAUCUGUAUUCUUCUAUCAGGAUUCUUCCGAAACAGAUCCUUUCAUUUUGGGGAUUCAAACAGAAUGGCAGUUGCAACAAAUGAUCCGUUUUGGAUAUCAUGGUCUUAUGGCAUGUGAUUCAACAUUUGGCAUAAAAAAACUCAAGUAUCCACUGUGUACACUACUUGUAUUUGAUUCAAGACAACAUGCCCUUCCAGUUGCCUGGGUCAUAACACGUACUGCUGCCAAGCAGGAUGUGUCCAAGUGGAUGAAAUCUCUUUUGGAUCGAGCACGCACCAUUGAUUCAGCUUGGAAGAUCAAUGGGUUUCUGAUUGAUGAUGCAGCUGCAGAGGUUGAUCCAAUCAGGGAUAUAUUUUGCUGUCCUGUUCUCUUUUGCCUCUGGCGUGUUCGUAGAUCAUGGCUGAGGAACAUUAUCAAGAAGUGCAAUAACAUUGAAGUUCAGCGAGAGAUUUUUAAACGUCUGGGAAAAAUAGUGUAUGCCAUCUGGGGUGGGAUGGAUUCGGCGGAUGCCAUGGGGGAGUUUAUCCAAGAUUUUGUUGAUCAGACUGCCUUCAUGCAGUAUUUCAAGGCCUGUUGGGUGCCUAAGAUUGAAAUGUGGCUUGCUACCAUGAAAGCUUUUCCACUUGCAAGUCAAGAGGCAUCUGGAGCCAUAGAAGCAUAUCAUGUUAAGCUGAAGCUGAAAUUAUAUGAUGAUUCACAUCUUGGUGCACUCCAACGGGUUGAUUGGUUGGUGCACAAGCUGACAACUGAAUUGCAUUCAAGCUAUUGGCUUGAUAGAUAUGCAGAUGAAAGUGAUUCCUUUCAAAAUGUUAAGGAAGAAUAUAUUGCUUCUACAUCUUGGCACCGAGCACUGCAAAUUCCAGACGCUGCUGUUACCUUGGAUGAUAAAGAGCAUCUCUUUGCAAAAGUUGUAAGCCAGAAGGACAGUAGCCAGUCACAUCUAAUAUGGAAUCCUGGAUCAGAGUUCUCUUUUUGUGAUUGUGAAUGGUCAAUGCAGGGAAACCUUUGCAAACAUGUUAUCAAGGUCAAUAUGAUCUGUCAAAAUUGCAAGAACUAUCAACCUUCCAUGUCAUUUCAAUCGUUCAGAGAGAUCUUGCUCAAUUUGUGGAAAAAACCAAUUGAUGAUUCAAUUGCGCUUGAUCAGUCAAUUGCCCGGACAAGCCAAAUGCUUGACCAAAUACAAAGGCUAGUUGAAUUAAGCAAUUCCAAAGACAUUGGUAAUUUAAUAAACAAUCUACCACUGAAGUGGGUGUCAAAGAAAGGUAGAACUGUAUCUCGCAAACCAGCAUCAUCUUUGGCUAUUUGUGCUAGGAAUAAUUCCAAGAAUGCUGCUACCCUUAAAAAGAACCGCAAAAGGAAGAGGCUGUCUCGGUUCAGGUGAUAUCUUGAAUAUAUGGAGAAAACGGCAGUAACAGGAUCCUUUUUCCACAGUCUAUGUGGACAUGCCAUUUCCCUGAAUAACAUGACUUAAUCUUUGGUCAUGGAACUUGGAAAGCAUUAGUGAUGUCCCUGAUAGCAUGGCCCUUUGUUUUUUACUGAGAAGAGGUGCAUGUUUUAAUGGUGUCCUGAGCCACAUCUUUGGAAAUUUGGAGGAAGAGCUCACCUACGUAUCUAGAUAUAAUAGUAUUGUAGUAACUGUUUGGAUGAAGAACCUUGAUGAUAACUUGAAUGCCCCCACGAAAUGUGGUUGUGGUGUGGUUGUAAUGAGUGUAUAGAAUGGCUCUGAACUGUGUCCUCUGAAGGGAUUACUUCAAUUUUGAUGAAAGAUCCUUGGGCAUUUUAAGGCCUGAAUAUGCUGAAGUUGCACCAUUUAUCAGCAAACUUCAGUUUCUUUUUCUUAUUGUUCAUGUUUUUUAUUGUACCAGAGGCCAAAUUUUGUCCCAAGCAUGAACCGGAGAUGUAAUAUGCCUAUGUUUUGUUCUUAUCAUUUGACUAGUCUCUUUAUUACA